UUCCUUGACGUCUGUUCUUAUUGAUUUUAGUGUUUACUUGACAGUAUCAAAUUUGUUAUUUAGCGCUUUAAAUUGAUAUUAAUAAAAUGGAAUCUAAAGCUAUUGGAAAGGUGAUGUCUCUACCGAAUAUUCGUGAUAGUCCUGCGGAAUUAGGACGUGGUCGCUUGUACAGCAUGUCGCUUUCACAAAUCAAGAAAUAUUCGGAGUCGUCUGUGGAAUUCCAACAUAAACUGUCACCUUUUAAUUUACGUUGGAUCCACGGCUACAACCCGAAAGUUGGCGUCAUCAAUUUGAACAACAAUGGCAGCACUUCUAUGUUUUACGCUGCUUCGAACUGCGGCGUGAUUUACAACUGGACAGUCAAUCAGAUGAGGAUACUUCAAGGACACAGACACAUGAUCAGCUGCAUAUCAUCAGAUCGACAAGGCAAAUGGCUGGUGACCGCCGAUUCUGGUCCAGAGAACGUCAUAAUAAUCUGGGACAGCGUUGAUUACUUCCCUCAAAGGACAAUAUUUUCGCCGCACGGAAAGACCAAAAUAUCGAAAGUUGUCAUGAGUGCAGAUGCGAAAUAUCUCCUGUCACUGGGUUACUCCGAGAAGACUACUUUGAAUUGGUGGGAUUGGUCUUCUGGACUCGAUGACCCUGAUGCCACACUCGACAUUGACAUACCUCGUGACGGAGUGAUCGAUAUGGCGUUCAACUCUAAUGAUUCUGAACAAUUUUUGCUGCUGACGAAACAUAAUAUUUGGAUUGGAGUUCCAAGAAAAGUAUUCGUAAUGGAGCGAGGCGUGUUGAAAGAAACCGAUAAAUACGAAUUGAAAAUUAAGAAAAUCGAAACAAAAACAGGCUUAGAUACAGGAAAAUUGACUUGUUUCACGUUCGUUGAAGACACUUCUCAGAUAUUGGUGGCUACGACCCGCGGGACAGUAUUAGUGUACGGAUACAAAAUAGAGUACAUAGAGCACGCAGGAAAGGAAGAUUAUGAAAAUUUAAAGUUCAUUAAAAUGCUAAAGGUGGAAAAACGAACGAUUAACGUUAUCAAAAGCAUUGAUGGAGUCAUAACGACCGGAAAUAGUGUCGGCGAGAUUCAUUUUUAUGACAAUCAAAUGAAGUUAAUGUACUGGGUGCACAGGUUCACGGUCGACAGCGUCAAGGGUCUCAGCUUCAACGUGUCGCCUCGAAGCUAUCAAGUUUUCGAUCCUAAGUGCAACACACCUUGCCCGUGUUGGGAAAAAGUUGUAGCUGAGAUCGAUUCAAACACAGGAUUAUUAAAACAGAAGUUGAUAAAGAAGAAACUGCCAAGUGACGCUACUGUCAGCGGGAAGACUUUCCUUGUCAGGGAUUUUAUUGUUUGUACAAACAACCAAGGUGUCGGUUUCGUUGAUUUCGCAACUGAGAAGCUUGUCACAGUUUUGAACAGCAAACGGUCGUAUGCUUUAGCAUUGAGUGUGCAUCCAGAGAAGCCAUAUGUGUGCAUCGGAUACGACAAUGGUAUAGUUGAAAUGUAUAAUUUUGUUCAGCACAAGCUGUUCGUUAGACUCGACCUGAGAGAUUUGUACAAGAUCGUCAUCCCUCCAAAAGACGACUCCAUAAAAUGCAACUACGAAGUAACUGUACCUCCGAUUUCUGUGUCGUGUUUGAAAUAUUCUCAUUCAGGAAUGCAUUUAGCUUGCGGACUGAACACAGGACAGUUGCUGUUCUUACAUCCAACGACAAUAGACGUUAUAACCGAAAUUCCAUACACGGACACCGGGCACGCCAUCAAACAGAUUACGUAUAGCUGCGAUUCACUAACGCUCGCUCUGUUUGAUGCUGGUCGAACAGUAUGCGUUUACAAAUACGACUGCCAGGAUUUAUCAUGGAAAUUCAUUGGCAAACAUCGAGCUCACUACAAAGAUAUUACAUCAAUAUUAUUCCUCUCAGAAAAGAAUGCAAACGGAGAAUAUAAGCUUAUAUCUUUGGGGAUCGAUAGAAUUAUGGUAGAAUAUGAUAUCGGAGAGAGUGCCGACGGCUAUUUGGAAAUACUCAGCUUGGACAGACUGGAUCAGACCGCUGUACCAUUAGCCGGGAUUCAGUGGCCGUCACCUGAAGGCCUGGAUCCGGAUGUGCACAGAUUAGAUCUGCCUUUGAUUCUGGUUGCUAAUGAUGAGUUCAAAUACAAAAUAGUGAACUACGCAACUACGAUGACUUUAUCGACAAUAUUGGGCCCUCGAUAUGAGCAUCCAGUACGCAGAAUGUUAUUGACUGCAAGAGAGGAAGAUAACGGAAAGCAACAAUACUUGAUAUUUGCCACCAAGAACGUUGUGGGGAUACAGAAGAUGCCCAUAGAUGGUAAUCCUUGGAAGCACGCGGGCUUGCUUGGACAUCCAUUGGAGGUAACAGAGAUGUGUUUCAGGGAAGACUGUGGCAUACUGUUUACGAUUGGAGACAAAGAUGGAUGCAUGAGUCAAUGGGCUAUUAAUUACAGAUCUGUAGACACCACGACGAAACAAGGGGGCGGGGACUUAGAUCCGUAUUACUGUCUGAUCGAGAACGGGCGUCCGGGCUGGCUCUUCCAAGAAAUUCGUGAUUUAUUCUACUACAUACAGAUAUUGUGUCAGGGCACGUUCUCGCCCGCAAUGAGGAGAGUCAAAGAUUUUAUACCCAUUGAUUCGCUACCGGAUCUAAUGAGAGCGCUGGGAUUUUUCUUAUCUGAAUAUGAGACAGAAAAUUUAAUUGCAGAAGCGAAAUACAAGGUGUAUCAAAUUAAUCCAUCGACCGAAAUAGACUUUGAGGAGUUUGUGAAGCUGUACAUCAAUCAUCGGCCUGCAUUCGGGUACAGAUACAAGAAAAUACGUGACGCUUUUGCACACUUCGCGUAUUUGGAUAAUGAACAGUUGGCCAUAAACAGGAACGGGUUGAUUGAGCUGCUUGCGGAUUAUGGUGAACGUUUCCCUCGGGAAUUGACUUGGUAUUUAAUAUCAAUAUUGUGUGGGGAGAGCUUCGAAGACAGAGCGAAGAUGGCUGAAAACGAUUUUUCGUUUAUGCCAGAGGAGCUGACUCUUGACUAUUUAGCCACCUACGUCAUAGGUGUCGAUGACUUGGAAAACAUUCCCGAGGGAUCUUCAGGGUUGGGGUCGUUCGACACACAAUCGGCACAGACGAGUACUACGGGAGACUGAAUAAAACUGUUGAUGUUGUAAAAA